CAUAAUGAUAUAGGAAUGAAAAAUAUUGAGCGUCGAAUUCGCAAGAGAAGUAUUAUUUGUUCACGUGCAUAUUUCGGAAACAGAGAAACCUCACGAUCUGGAGAUUGAAAAGUCCCUCGAGAGUUUGAAAGAACGAUUGAAGAAAUCUGGGUUAGGCGCGUAUUUGCGAAACGGAAUUGAGGGAGACAACUGCUGGAAUCAUGACUGGUACGAAGCGCGCUCGUUCACCUUCACCUCCAGGCUCUUACCUCUACUCAAACAAGAAAUCGAAUUCCGUGAUAGAAGCGCGCGUAGAUCCAAUCUAUGGGCAGCGAAGUGCGUUACCAGCAGAUGAUGAUUCUCUUAGCUUAGACGAGGACGGCAUAGAUGCCUUGAACUAUCUGAGAUCAGUUAGAGCCGAAGCAGAAGACCUCCCACCCAUAUUUUACGCCCCUGCAGAGACUGCGAGCUCCAACAACAACGGCGAGUACGAUCGAUCGAUAUAUGAGAGUGGCGUGGGCGAUUUCAGAGGAUAUUAUGAGGAUGGUGCUUAUUAUGCAGCGGCCGAAGUUGAAGACGAACUGGAGGAUGAGGAACACGAAGGCCAAGAUCCUCGAUCGGCGUAUUUCAACUCUAUCUUGACGCGAUUUGAAACUCUACGAGACAAACUGCACCGAGUUCCCCCAACAGACCUAGUGAAAAAUCUAGAUGCAGAUCAUCCCACAUAUUUAAAUGUAUUGAACACCAAACUUUGCAGGUGGUGGAGAUGGAAAAUGAAGACGGUUGACCCGCUGCCUGUGCAGAUAGCAAGUAUGAAUAAGGACACAGUUCUGAGACUACUGAGGCUCCUAUUGACUGGCACGUUGUUGCAAAGUGGCUCUGAUAUCAAUUUGAAGGUCAGUAUGUGGAUCUGGGCAUUGUUAGCUAGGCUACCGGUAAGAGGGGAGUUGAGUAGUGAUGAGAUAGGAGUCGUAAGGGAACUAGGAAAAAAAGCUGUGAUGCUUGGUGUUGGAUUAAAGGCGGGUGGUGACUUGAAAGAGGGCUUGGAUGAGGUGGAGAAGGUAUUCGAGGCCGACAAUGAGGUCGAAACUGUGGAUGAUGAAAAUGCCACUAGCUCCAAAGAUGAGAACACAGAGAGGAUUGAAAACCAGCCGGAAGUGAAGCUCCAGGUAACACAGAACAGCAGUAAUGCCUCGCUGAUAUUAGACUCGACGGACAACUCCACGCUUCAGCUAUCAACGAUAACAGCAAAGCCUACUAGCCCAGAAGAAGACACUUUGGGAGAAACGCCAGAUUCCCAUGAACUAGAAGCGCUCAAAGCAAGCUUACUCGCUAAUCUCGCUUCAAAUCCGCUUGCCGGUCCCACAGCAAUCGCAGAUCCUCAGCCGCUUGAAGCAGAAGAGCCCUCCAAUUCCACAACUGAAGCGUCAGCGCUAACAUCAGAGCAACCAUCUGAUUGGAAUACUAGAGCGACAAUUGACAUGAUUAUCACGAUUGCAGGUGAGAUGUACGGACAGAGAGAUCUGCUGGAGUUUAGGGAAGUAUGGGGUGAGUAGGACUCUCUCGAGCGGCCUGAUGACAACAUUUGAGUCAUUUGGCAGUCAAAAAACUAUUAAGCAGAAAUGCGCCAAGAACAUUUCAAUAGGUGUUGCAGACAAGUAGAGCUUAAUCUUUGCAUUAUUUUUUCACUUUAGUCUGAAGUGUUAUGCGUGGCUGUAAGUAUCUUUGUAGUAGGUUUUGCGGCAAGUAAUAUUUCUUUAGAUGCAAAUGAGGCGAGCCAGCUCACUUCUCAUGAGCUGAAUAUAAUACCAAUUU